UUUAAUCAUGUAAAAUUCCCUGCGACAAUAUAUGUCUGAUUCCUACAGUCAAGAGAACUCAUACCAGAAGCACGCGGCCGAAAAAUCAGAGGCUGCCGCGCAUCGUCGUGCACCAAUAGCGCCAAUCACAACCCCUGUCGUACCUGACGCCGAGGACAAACCAUUCUCACAUGGCCUUUUCGACAACGAUCCAGCGACAACUGCUGCAAGAAAGGGCUGGUUAAAGAUUAGCAUCUUUGGUGUACUGGUUCUUUUCGUUAUGAUCUGGGGGGUUCUACCCAUCUAUUGGGCUGCUCUUGGUCGGUCGUACAAUAACGUUCACAACCUAUCCGGAUAUGUGGUGGACUUUGAUGGAGGCGAAAUUGGGCAAGCAGUAACACAGGCGUUCAAAAACAUAACUGGUUCACAACAAAUGUCCUGGCUGAUACUGGAUGCAGCGCAAUUUCCUGGUGGGCCAGAUGAAGUGGCCCAGGCUCUGCUUGAUCAUAGAUGCUGGGCAGCUGUCACUGUCAAUCCCCAGGCUUCAACUAACUUAAAUGUCUCGAUCAAUGCAGCUAAUGCAUCGUAUAACACAACCCAAGCCGUGACCGCAUACCUUGCCAGUGGUCGCAAUGAGAACAUAUAUCGAGGCACCAUCACCCCACAGGUCAUCUCGAUAUUGACCAACAUAUCACAUACAUUUUCACUCUCCUUCUCUCAACUUUUAGCGUCGAGGUCAGAUAUCUCGACACUCCUCCAAACUGCGCCUAUACUGGUAAUUCAACCAUUGGCCUUCACCAUCAAUGAUAUAAGACCGUUCAAUGUCCCUGUGGCGUCUGCGGUAGACUAUGUUGGACUUAUCUACCUCCUGAUUUUGGCGUUCGUAUUGACGAACCAACUUUUGGCGGCUCGCGUUGAAUCAGGCUUUGAGAAGCGUUUGAGGUUGCGACCUCUCAUCCUUAUUCGCCUGCUAUGGCCAGUCACUCUCUACUUCUUUGUCUCCCUAAUGUAUUCUUUCUUAAGUUUGGCGUUCGGAGUGCCAUUUGGCAGGAAAUUUGGGCACGCAGGCUUUGUCAUCUACUGGAUGAUGUCGUGGUGUAGCAUGUCCGCCUUGGGCCUCGCUCUCGAAUCUAUGAUCACCCUCCUCACCAUAAAAUUCAUUCCAAUAUUUCUUAUCCUGUGGAUUAUAUCUAAUGUGUCCGUAGCCUUUUAUCCGAUAGAAGUGCUGCCGGCCGUCUUUCGCUAUGGUUUUGCGAUGCCGUUCUACAAUGUUUCAAGCACAGCUCGGACGAUUAUUUUUGACACUAAGAACGAGAUCGGACUGAAUUUCGGUGUCCAGUUCUCGUGGAUUCUUAUCUCUUGUAUAACUCUUCCAAUAUUUCAAUGGCUCGUCAGACGACGACAAAUCAAGGCCUGGGAAGCAUCUCAAAGAGCUGCGCGAGAGAAGGCAUAACGCGUGCUUCAUAUCCGCAUUCUUUGUUUUGGCGAUUCGAACUCUGGCUAGGAGGGCAUCAGGGAAACGUAAUUCACUACAGAGUGCUACAGAGCACUCUGUAGCAUUCUGUAGCGCAAUCGAACCCGCUGAUGCGGU